CACGUCACCGACACGGAGUUGAGCAGGAGUCCGGAAAGUUGGUGCAGAGUUUGGGAAGUUUGAAAGUUGUGCAGGAUGAAUGUGUUCAGGCUGUCCGGGGACGUGUCCCAUUUACUGGCGAUUCUUAUCCUAUUGGGGAAAAUGUGGAAAACUAAAUCCUGCGCUGGUAUUUCUGGGAAGAGCCAGCUUCUCUUUGCUCUGGUGUUUACAACACGAUACCUGGAUUUAUUCACCUCCUUUAUCUCAGUCUACAACACUACGAUGAAGAUCAUUUUCCUGCUCUGCGCUUAUGUAACAGUUUACCUGAUCUACAUGAAAUACAGCUCAACCUUUGACCGAGAAAAUGACACAUUCCGCGUGGAGUUUAUUCUGGUUCCUGUUGCCGGUCUCUCCUUCCUUGUCAAUCAUGACUACACUCCCUUGGAGAUUCUUUGGACUUUCUCCAUUUACCUGGAAUCAGUCACCAUCUUACCUCAGCUUUUUAUGAUCACGAAAACUGGUGAAGCUGAGACCAUCACCACCCAUUAUCUUUUCUUCUUGGGUCUUUACCGGGCACUCUAUCUGGCCAAUUGGAUUUGGCGUUACCACACCGAAGGCUUCUUUGAUCAGAUAGCAGUGGUCGCUGGCGUUGUGCAGACCAUCUUUUACUGCGAUUUCUUCUACCUCUACAUCACAAAAGUGCUGAAAGGAAAGAACAUGGGCCUUCCCUUACCCGUCUGAGACCAUCAUCACGUACAAUGCCUAGCAACUUGCCACAUUGCACAAGUACGUGAUGUACAACU